UCAUGCGCCGGUGACGCAGCCCAUUCCCCUCUCCCCACGCCCUCCCUCUGUUUUCCUUGUUUCAAUCUCUCUAUAUAUACACCUUAGUGUGACACCUUUGGACCACAGCAUUCCAGCCUGCGAACACUUGCAAGCAGAGAUCAAGAAGAGAGUGCGUUUGUGUGUGGGAAAACCAGAGAGAGAGGGAGAGAGAGAGAGAGAGAUGUCAACUAAGAUGGCGUUGGUGGUGCCGAGAGUGGAAAGCCUGGCAAAGAGCGGGCUGGAGGCGAUUCCGACCGAGUAUGUCCGGCCGGAGUCGGAGCGGCUCAACCUCGGGGACGCGUUCGAGGAGGAGAAGAAAGCGGAGGAGGGGCCCCAGAUCCCCGUGGUGGACCUCAAGGGGUUCGACUCGGAGGAGGAGGCGGUGCGGCGAGCGUGCGUGGAGGAGGUGCAGAGGGUGGCUACGGAGUGGGGGGUGAUGCACAUAGUGAACCAUGGCAUCCCGCUGGAGCUCAUCGAGAAGGUGAGGAGGGUGGGGAAGGAGUUCUUCGAUCUGCCCAUCGAGGAGAAGGAGAAGUAUGCGAAUGACCAGUCGACGGGGAAUAUCGCCGGGUACGGAAGCAAGCUGGCGAAUAAUGCGAGCGGGCAGCUGGAGUGGGAGGACUACUUCUUUCACCUUAUCUUUCCCCAGGAAAAGGCCGAUAUGUCCAUCUGGCCCAAGUACCCUGCCGACUACGUUGAGGUGACGAAGGAGUUCGCCAAACAGCUGAGGGGGGUUGUGUCCAAGAUGCUCGCAAUGCUCUCCCUGGGUCUGGGAAUGGAAGAGGCGAAACUAGAGGAGGAGCUGGGAGGCAUGGAGGACCUCCUGCUCCAGAUGAAGAUCAACUACUACCCCAAGUGUCCCCAACCCGACCUCGCCCUGGGUGUGGAGGCCCACACCGAUGUGAGCUCUCUCUCGUUCAUCCUCCACAACAUGGUCCCCGGUCUGCAGGUCUACAAAGAUAACAAGUGGGUCACCGCCAAGUGCGUCCCCGACUCCAUGAUCGUUCACAUCGGCGACACCCUCGAGAUCCUCAGCAACGGCACCUACAAGAGCAUCCUCCACCGCGGCCUCGUCAACAAGGAGAAGGUCCGCAUCUCCUGGGCCAUCUUCUGCGAGCCUCCCAAGGAGAAGAUCGUGCUCAAGCCCCUCCCGGAGACCGUGACCGACCAGACGCCGGCCAAGUUCCCCCCUCGCACCUUCGCUCAGCACCUCCGGUACAAGCUCUUCAAGAAGACCCAGGAGGACUUCGUUACUCCUAAAUGAUCUCCUCUCCAAAGUCCAAGCCUUCGAUAUGUGGUCUAGCUGCUGCUUGUGGUCCAUCGGUUUUUUACCUUCUUGAAUUUUAAUUACGUCGAUGUGUCGUGUCAUGGUAGUCCCUGCGUUAUUCCCUUCAAUAUGAAGCUUAGUUGAUGUCAUGGUCUAUAUGUUUUGAAUCUUUUGUAAGAAAUAAAGUAAUAGUGAUCGGAAUACCGAAAUCAUCUUCGCAGAUUAAAUUA